ACUAUUACGACUACGAUAGUAUAGGUGGUACGGUACUGUACAUCACUCUGGCGUCCUAAUUUCUCCACGCCCGAGCUCCAUCCUUUUCUCCCACUUAAACUUACGGGCAACCAUAAGUUACAACUACCACCUCCUCCCUCCUCCUUCAACUCCUCCCUUGCCAGAAUUUCUCACCGCCCUCCACUCGACACUUUUCUUCCUCCCCUCUCCCCCACAACACAUAACUCCCCUUGUGUUUGGGUCUUCACAUAUACACAAUGGCUGGAGUUGAGACAGCUGGCGCCAAUGGCACUGCCAACGGCACUCCCAGCUCUACCGCCGCUCGCCACAACCUCGCACCACAUUUCAUCGGCGGAAGCCAUUUGGGCGCCGCACAGCCAGGAAAAGUGAAGGAUUUCGUGGCUGCCCACGACGGCCACACGGUGAUCACAAAUGUCCUCAUCGCAAACAACGGUAUUGCAGCAGUCAAGGAAAUCCGAUCGGUCAGGAAAUGGGCAUACGAGACCUUUGGCGAUGAACGGGCGAUUCAGUUCACCGUCAUGGCCACGCCAGAGGAUCUGCAGGCUAACGCCGAGUAUAUCCGUAUGGCAGACCAGUAUGUUGAGGUCCCCGGUGGUACCAACAACAACAAUUAUGCCAACGUCGAGCUCAUCGUCGAUGUCGCUGAGCGUAUGAACGUUCACGCCGUUUGGGCAGGAUGGGGUCACGCUUCAGAAAACCCAAAGCUCCCCGAGUCCCUCGCCGCUUCGCCGAAGAAGAUCGUCUUCAUUGGUCCCCCCGGGUCGGCCAUGCGCUCGCUCGGUGACAAGAUCUCCUCCACAAUCGUCGCACAACACGCUAAAGUGCCAUGCAUUCCAUGGUCAGGAGAGGGCGUAGACGAUGUCAAGGUUGACAAGAACGGAAUCGUCACUGUCGAGGAUCACAUCUAUGACAAGGGCUGCACAAAGUCGCCUGAAGAGGGACUGGAAGUGGCCAAGAAGAUCGGUUUCCCCGUCAUGGUGAAGGCUUCAGAAGGUGGCGGUGGUAAGGGUAUCCGAAAGGUCGAGCGGGAAGAAGACUUUGAGCAGCUCUACCGAGCAGCUGCUUCGGAAAUCCCUGGAUCUCCCAUCUUCAUCAUGAAGCUGGCUGGCAGCGCACGCCAUUUGGAAGUGCAGCUCCUUGCCGAUCAGUAUGGCAACAAUAUCUCCCUUUUCGGUCGUGACUGCUCCGUUCAGCGACGACACCAGAAGAUUAUUGAGGAGGCACCCGUGACGGUCGCUACCCCCAAGACCUUCCGGGAGAUGGAAAAGGCUGCCGUUUCGCUCGGAAAGCUUGUCGGUUACGUCUCUGCCGGUACCGUGGAAUACCUGUACUCGCACGCUGACGACAAAUUCUACUUCCUCGAGCUCAACCCCCGUCUCCAGGUCGAGCAUCCGACCACUGAGAUGGUGACUGGUGUCAAUUUGCCUGCUGCUCAGCUUCAAAUUGCCAUGGGUCUUCCUCUGCACCGCAUUCGCGACAUCCGAUUGCUCUACGGCGCGGAUCCUCACACCGCCACCGUCAUCGAUUUCGAUUUCUCCAAGGAGGGUAGCGUGCAGAACCAGCGACGACCCACACCCAAGGGACACACCACUGCUUGCCGUAUCACCUCCGAGGAUCCCGAUGAGGGUUUCAAGCCUUCCGGCGGUACUAUUCAGGAUCUCAACUUCAGGAGUAGCUCCAAUGUUUGGGGUUACUUCUCCGUCAGCACUGCGGGUGGUAUCCACAGCUUUUCUGAUUCUCAGUUCGGUCACAUUUUCGCUUACGGCGAGAACCGACAAGCAUCGCGGAAGCACAUGGUUGUUGCGCUCAAGGAAUUGAGCAUUCGCGGUGAUUUCCGAACCACCGUCGAGUACCUCAUCAAGCUUCUCGAGACCCCCGAUUUCGAGGGCAACACCAUCACCACCGGCUGGUUGGACGAGCUUAUCUCCAAGAAGUUGACCGCUGAGCGACCUGACCCUAUGGUUGCCGUCAUCUGCGGUGCCGUCACUAAGUCACACAUCGCAAGCGAAGCCUGCAUCAAUGAGUACAGGACGAGCUUGGACAAGGGUCAGGUUCCCUCCAAGGACGUCCUCAAGACUGUUUUCCCCAUCGACUUCAUCUACGAGGGCAGCCGUUACAAGUUCACCGCCACUCGAUCCAGCAUUGACAGCUUCACCCUUUUCAUCAACGGCUCCAAGUGCUCUGUCGGUAUCCGAGCACUUGCUGACGGUGGUCUCUUGAUCCUCCUCAACGGAAAGUCCCACAACGCCUACUGGAAGGAGGAAGUCGGUGCCACGCGUCUGUCCGUGGAUGGCAAGACCUGCCUUCUCGAGCAGGAGAACGACCCCACUCAGCUCCGCACUCCAUCUCCCGGAAAGCUUGUCAAGUUCACCGUCGAGAAUGGCGAGCACAUCAAGAAGGGCCAGCCAUUCGCCGAAGUCGAGGUCAUGAAGAUGUACAUGCCUUUGAUUGCUCAGGAAGAUGGUGUCGUCAACCUUAUCAAACAGCCAGGAGCAACCCUUGAGGCUGGUGAUAUCCUCGGUGUUCUCGCACUCGACGACCCAUCCAAGGUCAAGUCCGCCACCCCAUUCUUGGGUCACUUGCCUGAUCUUGGUCCUCCCCAGGUUAUGGGAAGCAAGCCUCCUCAGAGGUUCGCCUACUUGUCUAGCGUCCUCCACAACAUUCUUCAGGGUUACGACAACCAGGUCAUCCUCCAGACCACUCUCAAGGAGCUUGUGGAGGUCCUCCGCGAUCCCGAGCUUCCUUACGGCGAGUGGAACGCACAAGCUUCUGCUUUGCACGCACGCAUGCCCCAGAAGCUUGAUACCAUACUCGCUCAGGUCGUUGACAAGGCCCACAGCCGCCAACAGGAGUUCCCUGCUAAGCAGCUCAGCAAAGCUUUCCAGCGCUUCGUGGAUGAUAACCUUACCAAGAACGACGCCGACCUCUUGCGAACUGGUCUUGCGCCCUUGUCCGAUGUCAUCGACCGCUACGCUGAAGGCCUCAAAGCCCACGAGUACUCUGUCAUGAUUAAGUUCUUGAACACCUACUGGGAAGUUGAGAACCUUUUCUCUUCUCGUACCUCCCGAGAUGAGGAGGUCAUCCUCAAGCUCCGUGAUGAGAACCGUGACAACCUCCUCAGCGUUGUUCACACUGUCCUGUCCCACACUCGCGUGAGCGCCAAGAACAACCUCAUCCUCGCUAUCUUGGACCUCUACCGACCAAACAGGCCUGGUGCAGGCAACGUUGCCAAGUACUUCAAGGACAUCCUCAAGAAGCUUACCGAGCUUGAGUCCAGGCAAACCGCCAAGGUCUCCCUCAAGGGUCGUGAGGUGCUCAUCCAGUGCGCCAUGCCAUCGCUCGAGGAGCGUACAUCUCAGAUGGAGCACAUCCUCCGAUCCGCAGUCGUCGAGUCGCGCUACGGCGAGACCGGCUGGGACCACAGGGAGCCCAACUUCGACAUCAUCAAGGAGGUUGUCGACUCGCGCUACACCGUCUUCGAUGUACUGCCACAGUUCUUCGGACAUCAAGACCCAUGGGUCGGCCUGGCUGCCCUUGAAGUGUACACUCGCCGUGCUUACCGCGCCUACCAGCUCAAGGACAUCCAAUACCACACCGAUGGCGAGCAACCUUACAUCCUGUCCUGGGACUUCAUCCUCCGCAAGGUCGGUGAGCAGGAGUAUGGACUUCCCGUGGAAUCAUCUCAACCUGGCACCCCAAGCACCCCAGCCUUCGAGCGACCACCCCGCAUCAACUCCAUCAGCGACUUGUCCUACCUCAACUCUCGCAUGGAGGGUGAGCCCACUCGCAAGGGUGCCGUUGUCCCUGUAGAGUUCAUCGAUGAUGCUGAGGAAGCCCUUCCCAAGGCCCUUGAUGUAUUCCCAUCGAGCGGUAAGAAGGGCUUGCUUGGAACCGUUAAGGACGGUCUCAAGGAGGGUCUUUCCUUGAAGAGAAGCCCAUCUGGUCCCGUCUCCAAGGCUAACAUCGAUGAGCUCACCGGUGUUCUCAACAUUGCCGUUCGCGAUGCGGAGAGUCUUGAUGACAAGGAGAUCUUGGAGCGCCUCCUCCCCAUUGUCGAGGAGAACAAGGAGGAGCUUUACGCUCGUCGCAUCCGCCGCCUGACUUUCAUCUGCGGCCACAAGGAUGGUACCUACCCUGGCUACUUCACUUUCCGAGGACCCAACUACGUUGAGGACGACAGCAUCCGUCACGUCGAGCCUGCUCUUGCCUUCCAGCUUGAGCUUGGCCGUCUCUCCAAGUUCAACAUCAAGCCCGUAUUCACCGAAAACCGCAACAUUCAUAUUUAUGAAGCGGUUGGCAAGGGUGCGGAGAGUGAUAAGCGCUACUUCUUGAGGGCUGUUGUCCGUCCCGGCCGCCUUCGGGAGGACAUCCCCACCGCAGAGUACAUGAUUUCCGAGACUGAUAGGCUCAUGACGGACAUUCUUGAUGCUCUUGAGAUUGUCGGCACCAACCAGGCUGACAUGAACCACAUCUUCAUCAACUUCUCCCACGUCUUCCCACUCGCACCAAGCGAGGUUGAGGAGGCCAUUGGCGGCUUCUUGGAGCGCUUCGGUCGACGACUCUGGCGCCUCCGUGUCACUGGUGCUGAGAUCCGCAUCAUCGUCACGGAUCCCCAGACCGGCAUGCCCUACCCUCUCCGUGUCAUCAUCACCAACACCUCCGGAUAUGUCAUCUCUGUCGAGAUGUACGCGGAGCGCAAGUCGGAGAAGGCAGGCAGGUGGAUCUUCCAGAGCAUUGGUGGUACCAACAAGAUUGGCUCCCUCCACUUGCAGCCGGUCUCCACUCCUUACCCUACCAAGGGUGCCCUGCAGCCCAAGCGUUACAAGGCUCACUUGAUGGGUACUCAGUACGUCUACGAUUUCCCCGAGCUCUUCCGUCAGGCCACAGAGAACAGCUGGAACCAGGCUGUUGCCAAGCACUCUCACCUCCGCGAGAAGCAGCCGGCCAAGGGCGAGUGCAUUGAGUACUACGAGCUUGUCCUCGAUGACAAUGACAACCUGGCUGAGGUCAACCGUGACCCUGGUCAGAACACCAUCGGUAUGGUCGGAUGGAUCGUCACUGCCAGGACUCCCGAGUACCCUCGUGGCCGUCGCUUCAUCAUCAUCGCCAACGACAUCACCUUCAAGAUUGGUUCUUUCGGUCCCCAGGAAGAUAGCUACUUCCACAAGUGCUCUGAGCUUGCUCGCAAGUUGGGCAUUCCUCGAAUCUACCUUUCUGCCAACUCUGGUGCCCGUAUUGGUCUCGCUGAGGAGCUCAUCCCCCACUUCUCCGUCGCUUGGAAGGAUGCUUCCAAGCCCGAGGCUGGCUUCGACUAUCUGUACUUGACCCCCGAGAAGUACGAGCGCUUCGUUGAUGGCAAGCGCGAGGAUGUCAUUGCAGAGAAGAUCAGCGUCGAUGGCGAGGUGCGCUACAAGAUCACGACCAUCAUUGGUGCUGAGGAUGGCCUUGGUGUUGAGUCUCUCCGUGGCUCCGGUCUCAUCGCUGGUGAGACUUCAAGGGCUUACGAGGAUAUCUUCACCAUCACCCUUGUCACUUGCCGUUCAGUUGGUAUCGGUGCUUACCUCGUCCGUCUCGGCCAGCGUGCUAUUCAGAUUGAGGGCCAGCCUAUCAUCCUCACUGGUGCCCAAGCUAUCAAUAAGCUACUCGGUCGCGAGGUCUACACCUCCAACUUGCAGCUCGGUGGCACUCAGAUCAUGUACAGGAACGGUGUCUCCCACAUGACCGCUGAUGACGACUUCGAGGGUGUUUCCAAGAUCGUCAAGUGGAUGUCAUUCGUCCCAGACAAGAAGGGCAACCCAGUCCCCAUCUCUCCUACGGCCGACGAGUGGGAUCGCGAUGUCGCCUACUUCCCCCCUGGCAAGGCUGCCUACGAUGUCAGGCAUCUCAUUGCCGGUAAGGACGAUGAGGAAGGCUUCCUUUCUGGUCUCUUCGAUCGCGGCUCCUUCGAGGAGGCCCUCGGAGGCUGGGCCAAGACCGUUGUUGUCGGUCGUGCUCGCCUUGGUGGUAUCCCGGUUGGUGUCAUUGGCGUUGAGACUCGUUCGGUCGAGAACGUCACUCCUGCUGACCCUGCCAACCCCGACUCCAUCGAGCAAGUCACCUCUGAGGCUGGUGGUGUUUGGUACCCCAACUCCGCUUUCAAGACUGCCCAGGCUAUCAACGACUUCAACCAUGGAGAGCAGCUUCCUCUGAUGAUCCUCGCAAACUGGCGUGGUUUCUCUGGAGGUCAGCGCGACAUGUACAACGAGGUUCUCAAGUACGGCUCCUACAUUGUCGAUGCUCUCGUCAAGUACGAGCAGCCCAUCUUCGUGUACAUUCCUCCCUACGGUGAGCUCCGUGGUGGAUCCUGGGUCGUCGUCGAUCCUACCAUCAACCCUCAAUACAUGGAGAUGUACGCCGAUGAGGAUUCGCGUGGUGGUGUCCUCGAGCCUGAGGGUAUCGUCGGUAUCAAGUACCGCAAGGAUCGUCAACUCGAGACCAUGGCUCGUCUCGACCCCACCUAUGGUGACCUCAAGCGCAAGUUGAACGACCCAUCCACUCCUCAAGAUCAGCUCAAGGAGAUCAAGGCUCAAAUGACCGAGCGCGAGCAGCGCCUCCUGCCAAUCUACGGUCAAAUCUCCAUCCAGUUCGCCGACCUCCACGACCGCUCCGGUCGCAUGGAGGCCAAGGGCGUCAUCCGACAGUCGCUCAAGUGGCAGAACGCACGUCGCUUCUUCUACUGGCGUCUUCGCAGGAAGCUCAACGAGGAGUACAUCCUCAAGAAGCUCGCCGCGGCCGCCCCGUCAACCGAGGCCACCAACGGCGACGCCGCCACUCGUGCCCGCAGCCUAGAGAUGCUCCGCGCCUGGUCCAACAUCCCCAAGUUCGACCACGACGACAUGAGCGUCGCCACCUGGUACGAGGAGAACCGCAAGACCGUCCACGACCGCGUCGAGGCCCUCAAGCGCGAAACCAUCGCCCUCGAGGUCGCCAGCCUCGUCCGCAAGGACCGCGAGGCCGGUCUCAAGGGCAUCGCAAACAUGCUCUCCACCCUCCCGACCGCCGAGAAGGAGGAAGUUCUCAGGCUGCUAAGCAAGGCUUAAUUUGGCUUCUGCCUUGCUUUCCCAUGAUUUUUUUUGCCGCAUGACCAUUAGAUUGUAACCAUAACAAAACCUAAUUUUCCUACUCUUUUUUUUUAGUCUAUUACCCUGA